AUGGCUCCUGUUCGACGUCAUAUCGGGGCCAGCCGCAGAAAGCGACGGGAGGAAGAUGGCGAAGAAGAGGGCUCAGUAGCUGGGGACAUAGGAGACGACUCCUUGAGUGAAGGCUCGGCCGACAGCCACCAAGAUGACGAAGAUGCAGAUGGAGAAGUCAGCGAAGAGAGCGAGGACGAGGUUUCUACGUUGGGCAAGGCGGGCAAGGUCAACGGUCGUGGGAUGGACAAAUCUACACGGAACAGCUCUGCAUCACCCGAAAAGCGAGGGCUCAAGACAACGGUUUCGGAGACAGAGGUAAUGUUGAACGGCCUGAAAAUCUCAGACGGUGCGGGCGACCCUGCAGAGGUUCAUUUCGACGAUCUGAAGGAGCAACGGGAGCCACACACUGGAAGAACACCUUCCGCCCCACCAACUGAACCAAAUCGAAACAAUCUGGCUUCCAGAAAGCGCCGCGACACUGACAAGUAUGUCAAGGAACGAGAGCAGAACCCAGCCUUCGUCCCCACUCGCGGCAGCUUUUUCCUUCAUGACAAGCGAUCCACCGACAACGGUCACCGACUCAAGAGCAAGUCUCGUCCUUACGGCCUAAUCGUAGACGGCAGCUCUCGCAGAUCUUCCAAGCCCGAUGCCAGCGGAGGACAGUGGGCACACGACCUUCACGAUACCGUGGCUGGCGAGGAUCGACCUGCAGCAAAGCGCCCAACAUUAUCCGCGAUGCCUAAUCCUGGCGCAUCCGUCCCCACCGCCCCGAGAUCUUCCCCGCCCAACCGGUCGUUCUCUAGCACGACGUUGGUUGGGAAUGUACCGGUCGUCGUUUCCUUGCCCGGCAUGGCCAGUCCUGUUCAUUUUUCUUCUGUACCCAAGAGACUCCACACCCGCCUACCUCAACAUCGACCCCCCUUGCGACGCGACAAGCCAUUGAACGUUCAUUUAUCUUCAUCCCCCGCGCAUUGCGGCCGAACCAAGUCUCUCGCGGUCGAGGUGGUCGAGGUGGCGGAUGGUACAGUGGACGACGUCCUAGCUACUACCCCAACUCCUCUUACACGCCGAGCGUUGUCAGUCGUCGAUCUUCAUUUGGUAUGCCACCUUCUCAGGAUGGGUGGCCAUCACCUGCUGGGUCUGUCUACUCCAGACCCACAAUUCCCACCGACGCUAAGCCCGUCGUCCGCCUUCCCCCCUCCACCUCGUCCACCUGUAGGGAUCCCGCCAUUUGGGCCCGCCAUGGCCAUGUCCCUUCCCCACCCAGCCUAUCGCGAAAGCCGCCCCGCCCCGAUCCCCAUGCACCAACCUCGUCCUCAGAAGACCGUCUCUGUUGCAGACAUUGAAAGUCCGGCAACUUUCCCGUUCGUUUUCAACCCACCUCAACCCCAGCAUGAGCAGCCCUUCCACCAUCAGGUCCCUCUUCCAGCUCAUGGCCCACCCAGUCAGCCUUCGGCCACUCCGCUUUCUCAGAUUCCGGAGCGGGCAAUCCACGCACCGCCCUUCCAACCUUACAAUUACCAUCAGCCUAGCUUCUACCCUCCGAGUUAUCCUUCGGGAGGUAUAUACUACCCGACUUCGGGACCCGAUUAUGCGGGUUACAAUGGACCCGUUGGCCCUGGAGCAUCUGUGCCAAACUUCCCGGGUCAACCAGCGAUCACCUAUUCAGCUGGGGAGCAGCCCCCUCAACCGGGUACUGUUGCUCAUGAGUCUGGUGGCACCGUCUACUUUUAUGAUGCCAAUCAUAUGUACGGAGGUCCCGCGCCUGGACAAGGGUCUGGGCCUGGGGGUGUGGUUGGCAUGGGUGGGAUGAUGACGCCGCCAGGCACGACCUUCUAUUACCCUCAACAAUCGGGUCCAUAUUAUGGGCAGUGA